AUGGCUCGGCACACCCAGGACAGUUCCAAGACCAACCUCCAUGGCCGCAGGGAAACGGACCUCCUGAAGCUGCGCCCGCGGAGUGAAGCGGUGCGUUUUCCCAGGUCCAAAGAAGUGGUGGCCCAGCUUGGCCAAUGCUUGGAGAGAGCCCCAGCAGACGUGCAGGAGGCCAGGGUGACAACGAGGAAGACGGCCGAACAGGUGGGUGACAAGGUGGGCAGCAACGUGGCAUCCAGCGCUGGAGAAUGUGUCUGCACGAGACUGUCCAGAGAAGAGCUUCGGCGGCGGCAGCAGUCAGGCCGCUGUACGUACUGCAGCGGCGUCGGCCACGUCCGAAGCUCCUGUGCUCUUGGCCGCCUCAUGCGCAGGGUAUCCAAGGGCGAGCUCACACGACGGCUUCGCGACAAUCUGUGCCCGCUUUGUGGCGAUCCGAAGAUGGACGGACAUAGGAAGCUGGACUGCCCGCGCAAGGCAGAGAUGGAGGAACAGCUCAAUGCUCUCAAGGGCUAUCCUAUACAUGCAGGCCAGCCUUCGGCGGGCCAGAUUGAGCGCAGUCUGCAUCGCGUACAUGACUGGAACCAGCGUGGUGGCCAAGCUGGAGCUGUCCCUGUAGAACGACCAGUGGAUGUGUAUGGGGACGGCUGGGAAGUUGCUGAGUGGAUGCGGUCCAGGUCCUCCUCCUCUGCAGUUGCCCAGACGCCUGGAACGGAUAAGGAAUCCGGAGAUGCCGAUGGGGACGGCAAACAUUUGCCACCCUACCCUCUUGAAGACGAUUUUCUGAUCGAUCUGAGAGACUAUUGA